UCAAAGAAGGCUGGUAUGAUGGAGGAAGCAUUGCCUUGGCAGUUAUUAUAGUCAUUGUUUUUACAGCUGUAAGUGAUUACAAACAAUCCCUUCAAUUCCAGAACUUGAAUGAAGAGAAGGAAAAUAUACAAAUGGAGGUGAUAAGGGGUGGGCGGAGGACUAAGAUUUCAAUAUUUGAAAUAGUUGUUGGUGAUGUCUUGCCUCUUAAAAUUGGUGAUCAGGUGCCAGCAGAUGGGCUUGUAAUAUCCGGCCACUCCCUCUCAGUUGAUGAAUCCAGUAUGACAGGAGAAAGUAAAAUUGUCCACAAAGAUCCUGUACGAUCACCCUUUCUUAUGUCUGGAUGCAAGAUUGCUGAUGGGUAUGGGACAAUGCUGGUAACUAGUGUGGGAAUAAAUACUGAAUGGGGAUUACUUAUGGCAAGCAUAUCAGAAGAUAAUGGCGAGGAAACACCUUUACAGGUACGAUUAAAUGGGGUUGCUACUUUUAUUGGCAUGGUUGGUCUGGGAGUAGCACUUGUUGUUCUUAUUGUCCUUGUGGCCAGAUUUUUUACUGGGCAUACGAAAGAUCCUGAUGGCACAGUCCAAUUUACAGCUGGGAAGACAAAAGUUGGUGAUGCAAUAGAUGGAUUUGUAAAGAUAUUCACUGUUGCAGUGACUAUUGUAGUUGUUGCAGUACCAGAAGGUCUUCCAUUAGCUGUCACUCUCACGCUUGCGUAUUCAAUGAGGAAAAUGAUGGCUGAUAAAGCAUUGGUGAGGAGGCUUUCAGCCUGUGAAACAAUGGGCUCUGCAACUACUAUUUGCAGUGAUAAAACUGGAACCCUCACUCUGAAUGAGAUGACUGUGGGGGAGGUAUCUGCAUGUGGAAAGAAAAUUGAUCCACCUGACAAUAAAUCACUUCUCCCUUCUAGAGUUCUCUCUCUACUGAUUGAGGGCAUUGCACAAAACACAACUGGAAGCGUAUUUGUGCCUGAAGGUGGUGGAGCUCCGGAACUUUCAGGAUCACCAACUGAAAAGGCAAUUCUGCAGUGGGGAGUAAAUCUUGGAAUGGAUUUUCUUUCUGUUCGUUCAGAGUCAGUUAUUAUUCAUGCCUUUCCAUUUAACUCAGAGAAGAAGCGAGGUGGUGUCGCACUUAAAGUGUCUGAUUCUGAAGUUCAUGUGCACUGGAAAGGGGCUGCAGAAAUAGUACUUGCGUGCUGCACAAGUUACAUAGAUACGGAUGACCAUGUGGUGCCGCUUGACGAAGAUAAGUUAUCAUCUUAUAAGAAAGCGAUUGAAGAUAUGGCUGUAGAGAGCUUGCGUUGUGUGGCCAUUGCCUACAGGCCAUAUGAUGUAAAGAGUGUUCCAUCCGCUGCCGCAGAACUUGAAAAUUGGCAAUUACCUGAGUCGGACCUUAUUUUGCUGGCCAUUGUCGGUAUCAAGGAUCCUUGCCGACCAGGUGUAAAAGAUGCUGUCCAGUUGUGCACUAAUGCAGGUGUUAAGGUGCGCAUGGUCACUGGUGACAAUCUUCAAACAGCUAAAGCAAUUGCCUUAGAGUGUGGUAUAUUAAGCUCUGGUACAGAUGCAACUGAACCUAACAUUAUUGAAGGAAAGACAUUCCGCACCCUUACGGAAUCACAGAGAUUAGAUAUUGCUGAUAAGAUUUCGGUGAUGGGAAGGUCGUCACCAAAUGACAAACUCCUGCUUGUUCAAGCAUUAAGAAUGAGGGGACAUGUAGUUGCUGUUACUGGAGAUGGUACGAACGAUGCUCCUGCACUACAUGAGGCUGAUAUUGGUCUUGCAAUGGGUAUCCAAGGCACAGAAGUUGCAAAAGAGAGUUCAGAUAUCAUUAUACUUGAUGACAAUUUUUCUUCUGUUGUGAAGGUUGUCCGAUGGGGAAGAUCUGUUUACGCCAACAUUCAGAAAUUCAUACAGUUUCAACUUACGGUUAAUGUUGCUGCUUUGAUUAUCAAUGUUGUUGCUGCAGUUUCUGCUGGCAAUGUUCCACUGAAUGCUGUGCAGCUUCUCUGGGUGAACCUUAUCAUGGACACAUUAGGAGCACUUGCGCUAGCCACUGAGCCUCCUACUGAUCAUCUCAUGCGUAGAGCACCUGUUGGUAGAAGGGAACCCCUUAUAACGAAUAUCAUGUGGAGGAAUUUGUUAAUACAGGCUUUAUAUCAAGUCACUGUGCUCUUAAUCCUCAAUUUCCGGGGAAGGGAUAUCCUGAAUCUGCAGAACGAUGACAAAGAUCACGCUUUCCGAGUGAAUAAUACACUUAUAUUCAAUGCAUUUGUCUUCUGUCAGGUAUUCAAUGAAUUUAACGCUCGAAAGCCAGAUGAGGUGAAUGUGUUUAAAGGUGUCACCAAAAACCGUUUGUUCAUGGGAAUAAUCGGCCUUGAAGUAGUGCUUCAGGUUAUCAUAAUCUUUUUCCUGGGGAAGUUUGCCACCACUGUUCGGCUGAGCUGGAAACUGUGGCUUGUGUCAAUUGCUCUCGGUAUUAUCAGCUGGCCUCUUGCUGCUAUCGGAAAACUAAUUCCCGUCCCUGAGAAGCCCAUUGCUGAAUUCUUUACGAAGAAAAUCCAUAGACAGAGAAACGCUGAUGACGGUUAAGAUUUGGUUUUGGGGUUAUGGCAGUAUAGGCUAACAUUUGCAUAGAAAAGAGAAACACUAACAAAAAUAUAGAGGAAGUUGGUUUUCAUGUUAUGGUGGCUUCGGUUUCCACACACUAACUGGAAUUAUUCUUUUAAUGCCUCGACACUUUAUAAAGUCUUAUUUCCGGAUAUUAUUGUAAAUUAGCUAUUUGAUUCCUAGAUCACAUUGUGUUUUUGGCAAACGAUUUGUAUAUUGGGUUUUAUUAUCUAGAAAAACAUAUGUUUAUUAUCUUUUA